CUAACUUCAACCAUUUAUCUUUUGGCUAGCUAGAUCCCCUUCGAAAGCAUUGCUUCAAUUGCCGAAAGCUACAACUCUAUCGCAUUACCUGAACAUAUCACGACUUUCAUCUCGCCAUAAUGUCUCUCAAGGGCCCCUCUCCUCAGCAUCACGACGGCUCCGGUCUGCGCAUCGGCAUCGUCCACGCGCGCUGGAACUCGACAAUCAUUGAUCCUCUUGUUACUGGAGCCAAGGAGAAGCUCCUGGCAGCCGGCGUCAAGGAAUCUAACAUUGUCAUUCAAUCCUGCCCCGGCUCUUGGGAGCUGCCUAUCGCCGUCCAACGCCUCUUCUCUGCUUCCCAGAUCCAGGGCACCUCAACUGGCGGACCCUCAGCUGGCGACCUUCUGGCUUCGUCUACCACCGAUCUCACUUCGCUCUCUGCUCCCUCCGGUGCUUUCGAUGCCAUCAUUGCCGUCGGCGUUUUGAUCAAGGGCGAGACCAUGCACUUUGAGUACAUUGCCGAGUCAACCUGCCAAGGCCUGAUGCGCGUGCAGCUUGACACCGGUGUGCCCGUCAUUCUUGGUGUCUUGACCGUACUCACCGAGGACCAGGCAAAGGCCCGCGCUGGAGUUGAUGGCAAGGGUCACAACCACGGCGAGGACUGGGGAAUGGCAGCUGUUGAGAUGGGGGUUAAGAGAAAGGAGUGGUCCAACGGUACUAUCGAUGGUUAAAAAAGAUAGAUACAUAAACGCGAAAUUACAAUGCAAGUACAAUCAAUACAAGUCAAUGCAUAAACGGGUAUAUACGGCAGAGAUGCAUGCAUAUGGAUGGAGACGAACAUCGUAUUAUAAAGGUGACCUCCCAAUUAGUCAAUUACCGGCAUAAAAGAUUUAUCUAUCAUGCGCCAGGGAGCCGGUGCCUGUCAUAUCUUUCCCCGAAGACGCCCUCGUGAAAAGCACACUUUCUAGAAUAUACAAUUGUAUGAGGCUCUCCAAACGAAGGUUGAGCUAUUCCAACCUGUGGAUAUCCAGAUGC